AUGACAGCUUCAGAGGUGCAGGCGGCAGUUAAAUGGGGCAGCAAAUCGUUCAGUGUUCAGAUUGACCUCACCGAGUCCCUUGAAGUCUUUCAGGCGCAGCUCUACACUUUGACAGGCGUGCCUGUUGAGCGCCAGAAGUUGCUGUGCAAGGGGAAGACCCUCAAAGGAGAUGCUGAUUUGCGAGCAGUUGCAGCAAGUGGCUGUCCUAAGAUAAUGCUGAUGGGCACAGCUGAGGAAGCAGCAAAAGUACUGCCUCCUCCAGAGAAAACUGUUUUCGUUGAAGACCUUACACCAGCUCAACAAGCCGCUUUGCUGCGAGAGAAGAAGGUUGAACCUCUGCCUAAUGGGAUUGUGAACCUGGGGAACACUUGUUAUUUGGCGUCUGUUCUUCAAAUGCUGCGUCCUGUAUCUGACUUUGAUUCUCUAAUAAAAACAUACAUCUCGGGAGACGCAUCAGUUGCUCAGUUUGCAUCUUCAGGGCAGCAGGGUGCACUGAGACGGCUCGCCUUAGCCCUUAAGGACUUCUACAACCAAUGGCAAGGGACCAUUGAACCCGUUUCUCCCUUCCUUCUGGUUCCUGCCUUGCGAGAGGCUUAUCCGCAGUUCUCGAGGCGCUCAACUUCCCAGGCAGGCACGACGGGCAUCCCGAUGCAGCAGGACGCUGAGGAGUGUUUGAGUUGUUUAAUGUCUGCGGUUGCGGAGAGCCUGGACAGAGGGGCAGCAGAGGGAUUACUAAAGUCGCUGGCUUACGUCCCUUUGACUGCUUCUGGGGGAUCUUCUUCGUCUGCGUCUUCCUCGUCUUCUGCUUCGUCUUCUUCAGCUUUAGAUUUGCUGUUUGGAGUACAGGUGGAGGUCACGUCGAACAGAAACAGAAAUGACGGAAGAGAAGAACAGCCAAGCAACGCCACUGUGCAAAUCGAAAAACACCGCAAACUCACCUGCUUCCUGGGCACCCCGCAGAAACCUGUGAGCACGCUGGAAGAGAGUCUUAAGUUUUCUCUAGGAGACGAAGUCGUGCAGGUCGGCAACAGCGGCAAAGCUGCAUCAACUGCAGCAGCAGCGGCAACGGAGGAAGCAGCAGCACCACCACCAGCAGAGGAAACGCUCACCAGGAGCAACCGAAUCAAGAGCCUUGCGCUGUACCUCAUUCUACAUUUCAUGCGUUUUGAGUGGAAAGAGUUACAGGAAUCCUUCAAAGUGGGUCGGGCGAUCGUUGCCUUGCGCCGAGAACGAGAAGCAUCUGCCGGUGUUGCGGCAGCUUCAACUCCUGCUACCGGUGCUGCUGCUGGUCCUGCAACAGCAAACGGCAGCAGCAACGGCAGCAACCACAAUAGCAGCAGCAACGGCAGCAGCAACAACGGCGGGAGCAACCCUACUGCUGAUGCCUCUGCAGCACCCGCUGCAGCGGAGGCCGAGGUGAAUGCAAAUAGGGAGGCAGAUGUGGCGAAGAGGGAAGCUGAGUUGCUUCUUCUUGCAGGGAAGCCGUGCCCUACGGGAACAUAUCAGCUGUUGAGUGUCGUGACACACCAGGGCCGUUACGCAGACAGCGGGCACUACGUGGGCUGGGCACGAGCAGGGGGAGCGGACGCUCCUCAGGGGCCCCCAAAUGCACAAGAUGAGGAAAAGAAGAAAGAAGAAGAAGAACAGCAGGCAGCUGCAUCAGGCCCCGCCGCAAAAAAACAAAAGAAUGCCGUCAUGUGGCGAAAGUUCGAUGACGACAAAGUUACGGAAGUGCCUUGGGAAUCGAUUGACCUCUCAGGAGGCCGCAGCGACUAUCAUGUUGCGUAUUUGCUUCUGAUGAAACAUGUGUUAAUCGUUCCAUCGGAAGACGAGUUGAAAAUACUGGCAAAACAGAUGUAA